AUGUCCUAUCCAGAUGUGGGCAUGCUGGAUACACGACCCAAGGCUCAGACCGCGUAUUGGAAGGUUGGAACGCGAUUCCCAAGGAAUCUCUGGGAGGAAUACCGUUCCAAGUACUACCAGGAAAUUGGCAAUUUUGGGGGAUUAAAGCGCACCCCCAUUUCUUCAACAUGGAGAUUCUUUUGGCAGUCUGAGCAUGCUUCCCGGGUAGGUUCAACACCGUUCGGGAAUGUGAGGCAUCAUCACAGCUCUGCGUCCCUUACCACCACCGUGAAGGUCAACAGCUCAGUAGCCAAAUCUGAAUCAACUAAGAUGGACGGUCCGCCCGAAGACAGACGGCCCAGCAGAAAAGGAAAGGAGCGGGAGAGGACCCCCGACCAGUUUGAAUGGGCGCCGCCAGUUGGGACUGUAGCUGGACCAUCGUCAAGUCGGCCGUGGCCCUCCUCGUCAAAUCGGCCGGGACCCUCAUCAAGUCGGCCGCUUCAACGGUCGACCAACCCUGAUGACGAACGAUCUAACAACAAGGGAAAUACACUGGGGUGGAAUGGCGAGCAAUCUGAAUUCAUGCCCGUUGGGUAUCUUGGCCGACCUUCGCAAAGCCAGCCUCCUCCAAGGGCGACACUCCCCGACAACGUGACGGAGGAGCGGCCCAUUGCGAAAGGCCAGCGAGCCCUCGAGGGCCUGAUCGAGGCCAGCUGCCAGCCCUUCAGCGAAGCGGCACGGGCGGCCAGAAACGAGCACGCGCGUCAACGGAAAGAAAAGAUCGAUAGCGACUACGAGGACGUGUAUGAUCUCGACACGCCGGAAGAUGAACAAUACCGCCUCAAAGCGCCCCACUAUCAACUCCCCGGCCCCAACGAACGCAAAUACCAAGACCUGCGCUACGCCGUCCACGCCACCGCGGAGCGCGUCGCCGGCACUAAAGACGCAGUCGUCGACACCGCGCAGUUCACCCUCGCCAACCCCCGCGCGGCGCUGCAGCACGCGCAGGAGCUCGCGGAGGACGUCGCGCUCUCGACAAAGGCGAGCAUCGACGUUGGGGCCGCGGUGCUGGUGUGGACGGCGGCGGGAGGGGGGGGAGAGAUGGCGAGGGGUUUGUUGAGGACGACGGGGGGGAUGGCGGGGCGGUUGGGGGUAAAGGGGGAAAAUAGGUAUGAGGAGUUGUCGCAGACGGAUUGGGAUAGUAACUCGGAUUCGGAUGAUUCGGAUUCGGAUGACUCGGAUUCGGAUUCGGAUUUGGAGGAUCGGAGCCGGAGGAGAGGUCGUGGUCGUGGACGGCACACGAAGAAGGGCUGGCAGAGUGUGUGA